AUGUUGGCGGCUUUUGCGCUAUCCACUAAACCCUCCCCUUUAUUCCACUCCUCUUCUAAGGGCGUCGCUCCGAUCAGAAAUUUCAACUUCAAGAAUUUCAGUUCUGACAAAAACCUUCAAUACAGUUCCCGUUGUCGUUCAAUAAAAGUAGUCUGCUCUUUCAGCAUCAAUAACUCUGUUAUAUGCAUCGGUUCUCCUUUUACCACCGGUACAGUUACUGGCUCAUCGGAUGGUAAAUUGAAGGAUGAUGGUAGGGUUUUGGAUGAUGCUUCUGAUGGCGGCGGCGAUAAUGGUGGGGCUGGUGAUGGAAAUGGCGGUGGAGAUUCUUCUGGUGGUGGUGGAGGAGGAGGAGACGGUGGGGAUAGUGAGGAAGAUAAAGAGUUUGGACGGAUAUUGAAGUUCGGGAAUUCGCAGGGUGUAUUCUAUGGUUUAUUUGGGCUUGCGUGUGGAGUGAUUAGCCAAAGCCAUGCUAAUCCGAUAAUGCCUGCCAAACGUGUGUUCCUUUCUGUAUCUUCCAACACUAGUGUUGCAAUGGCUCCAUCAUUUCGGAACUCUGGGGCUCUGCAUGCUUCUAGUGCUGGGUUUAGGUUGGCCCUCGGUGGCCAAGGGAUUGCUGAUCUGAGAAUGACUCCCAAAUGGAGUAUAAAGAAAUCAGAACAGGACAUUCCUUUUCUACCGCGUUUGCAAAGUGAAGCUCUUGCUGAGCUGAGGGGGUUUCUUCCUGUAUCUUCCAACACUCCUUGCGUAACUAAUGGAGUGGAGCGCCUGGUUGGAGCAUCACCUGUGGUGAAAAAGGUUCUGCCUGUUGUAAUGGCUUUCACCUUUGGUGUGCUAUUGGCCAGGAGAAUAUAUGGUGGUAAAGAGUAG